UUCAUUUGCUUUACGUAUGAGUUUGUGUAAAACGUCAUCACGCCCUAGUAACCUAGGCAGCGUCUUGGGAAGAUAGACCGCUAGCUAAAGCAACAAUAUGGGUUUGCUGUCAAUCCUUCGAAAGCUAAAGAGCACACCUGAUCAGGAGGUUCGGAUCUUGUUGUUGGGUUUGGACAACGGAGGAAAGACCACGCUACUGAAACAACUGGCCUCUGAGGACAUCAGUCACAUCACUCCCACACAGGGCUUCAACAUAAAGAGUGUUCAGUCUCAGGGUUUUAAGUUGAAUGUGUGGGACAUCGGGGGACAGAGGAAGAUCAGACCCUACUGGAGAAACUACUUUGAGAACACUGACGUGCUGAUUUAUGUCAUCGACAGUGCGGACAGAAAAAGAUUUGAAGAGACGGGACAGGAGCUGGCUGAGCUGUUGGAUGAGGAGAAGCUUAGUGGGGUUCCAGUGCUGAUCUUUGCCAACAAGCAAGACCUGCUGACGGCUGCCCCAGCUUCUGAGAUCGCUGAGGGACUCAACCUGCACACUAUCCGGGACCGCGUCUGGCAGAUCCAGUCCUGCUCUGCCCUCACCGGGGAGGGGGUACAGGACGGAAUGAACUGGCUCUGCAAGAGUGUCAAUGCUAAGAAGAAGUAGCACAGAUGUCUGUUUUCACACACCCCUGAGCCUUUGGGAGGCACGGGUUGUACCUGUGAAUGUAACACACUAAACAUGGACUUGAAGAAAGUUUUUAACUGCCUUGCUGGUCACUACACAUUGUUUACUAAACUACAAUUCUCGCUAGAACUACAACUUCCAUUGUUGCUCUUCAAAUUGAGUAUUUGUAUUUUGCGGGUACAAAGAAGGAAACCCAUCCAGGAGACCCACCA